UCCAACAGUAUUAAUAUUAACCUUGUCAAUUUCCAGUUUUUUCUCCUUCUUUUUUUUAAAUAAAAAAAUAAAAAAUAAAUAUAUCUAACGAUUCAGUGAAUUUACGGUCCACUGAAACUCCAAAAAUUUUAUACGGUUUCCUGUCGCCCCGCCUCCUCUCUCAUCAUCUCUUCUUACGCCGGCGCCAACCUUUACCCUAGUUUUCUCCAUUUUCUCUCUCCUCCACCACGAAUGAGACUCUAUUCAACAGAUCUGGAGGAUUUGAAUUGAUUCAUUGCAGCUGAUUCAACUUAGCUUGGUUUUUAGUGAGUCAACUUAUAUAAGGAUGAUUUACUUCUCCAGUACUUCAAGGGGCACACGUGUGGGUUGGGCUUUAUCUUGAUAUUUUUGUCAAGUUCUGAGGGCUUCAGUUUCAUAUUCUUUUUCUAGAGGCAAUGGACCGGUGUGAUACCUCAGGGUUUAUUAGCGAGGGUGGUAUGUGUUUUUAGACACUUUUAACCUAACUUAGGUUUGUAGAUAAGUGGUACAUCCGGAAGUCAGGAAGGACUGAUAUUUGUGGCUGAGAUUCCUGUUGGGCAUCAGUGUUGCAAUAUUGUUUGGUUCAUGGGCACUAGGAAUCCAGGAGCGGCCUUUUGUUCUGAUAAUUUGUCAAAUGGAUAUAAGAAUCUGGGUGAUUCACUGCAGAUAGCAGGUUGUGGAUCUGAUCAUCGUGCAGAUACGAUAUUAAGGCUUCAACCAAUUGGUUCCAACAUCGUCCCUCAUUGCCCCACGUCAAAGGGAAUGAAGCGAAAGUGGGGUUGUAGGGAUGGAAAGACAGGUGAGUAUGUCGAUCCUUCAUUGUGUCUGGGGUUGCACCGUUCAUCAAGUUCAUCAGACAGCAAAGGAAGUUCGGCAACUGUGUGCACUGCAAUUUCUUCAGCCAAAGAAACUGAGGCCGAGUCCUCAAUGGAUCUUGACUUGGAUUUCACCCUACACCUUAGCAGUGACAAAUCUCCUAGUCCAAAGAAACCAACCGUCUCAAAUUUCAAAAGGGCGAGUAUGCAGCUUAAUCUCGACUUGGAAUUGAGUCUUUCAACUAGUCCUCUUGAAUCAGAAAUCACCAGCAUCUUUGGAGGCUUAGAUACUCCUCAGCAUGGUGUAGUGCCAUUGAUGGUUGGGGCAACACAAUUUGUGGACAAUGAAUCUGCUUCAUCUCACUGGGAAGUAGAAAAUUCCCCAUCACCUGUGCCGCUCUCUUCUGGAGCUGGAGGGAUUUCUAUUCUGAAGCCCAUUCCAAGAAAAGUGGAUCUGAUCUCUGCCACUCCAGAUAUUUCAGCAAGCACAUUUAGUGUGCCUAAAAGCUCAGUCACCUGUACUUCCGGGAUUUUGCAGCAUCCGCAACGUGGGAGUAGUUCAAAACUGUGUCAGUUUACUGGAUGUGGAAAGGGGGCAAGAGGGGCUUCCGGUCUCUGUAUUGCUCAUGGUGGUGGAAGAAGGUGCCAAAGGCCUGGCUGCAACAAGGGAGCUGAAGGGAGAACUGCCCUUUGCAAAGCACAUGGAGGUGGACGACGAUGUGAGUUUCUUGGUUGUACUAAGAGUGCUGAGGGACGCACUGAUUUCUGCAUUGCACAUGGUGGUGGACGUCGAUGUGGUCAUGAAGAUUGCUCCCGUGCUGCUCGAGGAAAAUCUGGUUUGUGUAUAAGGCAUGGUGGUGGUAAGAGAUGUCAAAGAGAGAAUUGCACAAGGAGUGCUGAAGGCUUGUCAGGUUUGUGUAUCUCACACGGUGGAGGUCGCCGCUGUCACCAUCUUGAUUGCAACAAGGGAGCUCAAGGAAGCACAAUGUUCUGUAAAGCACAUGGUGGGGGAAAACGGUGCACUGUUGAUGGUUGUACCAAAGGUGCUGAAGGAAGCACUUCAUUUUGCAAGGGACAUGGUGGAGGGAAGAGGUGCUCUUAUUCUGGAUGUCCAAAGAGCGUUCAUGGUGGAACAUCAUUCUGUGUUGCUCAUGGAGGUGGCAAGAGGUGUGCUGUUACAGGUUGCACCAAAAGUGCAAGAGGAAGGACAGAUUUCUGUGUUCGUCAUGGCGGAGGGAAAAGGUGUAUAUUUGAAGGUUGUGGCAAAAGUGCACAAGGUAGCACUGAUUUCUGCAAGGCACAUGGAGGGGGAAAAAGAUGUGCUUGGGGACAACUUGGGUCGCAGUAUGGAAAUAAAGUUGAUGACCCUUGUGGUUCUUUUGCUAGAGGAAAAACGGGUCUAUGUGCCAUGCACGGGGCAUUGGUUCAGGACAAGCGGGUUCAUGGGUGCUCCACUUUGGGUUCUUUAUUGCAGGACCCAUGUUCCUCUGACCUUGGGAACAUGAUAGGUGAUGUUUCUGCUGGAAUAAUGAAUGUUGAUAACAUGGCAAUGGGACCAACUGGUCAUUAUGCAGCAGGAUGGCCUCCCUGUGAUCUGAUGCAUGCGGUAGAGAAAGAGUCUCAUUCACCUCCAACUCCAGAGGGAAGGGUUCAUGGUGGAAGUUUGUUGUCAUUACUCGCUAGUAGUUCAAGUGUUCAAGCAAAGCAGUGGCCGUAGGAGUCCCGUCCGAGCAAAUAGAACAUCAUGUGUGUUAUCAUCACAUCUUUUAUCUGUUGGUUUCAUUCUGUUUUAUUUUAUCCUUGUGUCCUGUCGUGCAUUUCAAAUUAUAGUUUCCCUAUAGUAAAUAUUAUGAUGAUGAUGAUGAUGAUGAUGAUGAUGAUGAAAAUCUCUCCUGAAGAAUCGCUUGCAGCGGGCCCUAUUGAUUCAAAUAUGUCAAGUUCAACUUUAGGAUCAGGAGAUUGAUUAGAGUAUUGCUGUGUGUGGUCCCUUGUAAAUAGGAUUGUUAAUCUAGUCAGCGAGGUUCAGAAUAAAAAUGUUCUAAAUUUAUGUACUUUUUUCGAGUGUUACAUGAACAUUGCUACAUUCAGCCUUGUACAUUUUUCCCUAUUAUUCUUGAACAUGAAAAGUUUUUAUGGUAUCGACAAUUUUUGAAA